UUUGAAAAGCAUUAUGGCAUUAAGAUUUCCAAGGUUUAGCCAAGGCUUAGCUCAGGACCCCACUACUCGUCGUAUUUGGUUUGGUAUUGCUACCGCACAUGACUUUGAGAGUCAUGAUGAUAUUACUGAGGAACGUCUUUAUCAGAAUAUUUUUGCUUCUUAUUUCGGACAAUUAGCAAUAAUUUUUCUGUGGACUUCCGGGAAUCUCUUUCAUGUAGCUUGGCAAGGAAAUUUUGAGGCAUGGGUACAGGAUCCUUUACAUAUAAGACCUAUUGCUCAUGCAAUUUGGGAUCCUCAUUUUGGUCAACCGGCUGUGGAAGCUUUUACUCGAGGGGGUGCUCUUGGCCCAGUGAAUAUAGCUUAUUCCGGUGUUUAUCAGUGAUGGUAUACAAUCGGUUUACGUACUAAUGGGGAUCUUUAUACUGGAGCUCUUUUUCUAUUAUUUCUUUCUGCCAUAUCUUUAAUAGCGGGCUGGUUACACCUACAACUGAAAUGGAAACCGAGCGUUUUGUGGUUUAAAAAUGUCGAAUCUCGCCUCAAUCAUCAUUUGUCAGGACUAUUCGGAGUCAGUUCCUUGGCUUGGACAGGACAUUUAGUCCAUGUCGCUAUUCCUGGAUCCAAGGGAGAAUACGUUCGCUGGAAUAAUUUCUUAGGUGUAUUGCCACACCCCCAAGGAUUAGGUCCACUUUUUACAGGUCAGUGGAAUCUUUAUGCUCAAAACCC